AUGUCUAUAAUAAAUAAAAGCGCAGUAUCUUUACAAAUACUGGCCUCAAGGUCACUUCAGGUUUCAGGCUUAAUAAAUACUGCUACUCGGCGAAGUUAUGGUAUUCAAAAUCCACAGUGUUAUGACAUAGUGGUGAUUGGUGGGGGAAUAGUAGGAGCAGCUUCAGCUAGAGAAUUAAUUUUGAGGCAUCCCCAGUUAAAAAUUGCUAUAGCUGAGAAGGAAAAUCGAGGAGUGAAAAAUGGUGUUAAAGAUAUAAAACUAUUGGACUCUAAGGAGAUGCGCGAGUUGGUACCAAAUUGCAAGGGGCUUGAAGCAUUAUGGUCACCUCACACAGAUACUGUCGCCAUUUUAACUGGAUGCUCUGAAGAGCCAAAAAUCAUUCCAUUUAGAGAUCCAAGGUUUCCAUUUCUAGGAGUACAUUUGACACCAAAAAUAGAUGGAAGAAUAAUAGUUGGACCCAAUGCAAUUUUAGCAUUUUGUAAGGAAGGUUAUAGGUGGGGAGAUAUAAAUAUGAAGGAAUUGACUGACAUUGUAAGCUUUUCUGGUUUUCGCAAGAUGGCUUUGAAAUAUGCUGGGUUUGGGUUAAAGGAAAUGAGCAGAUCACUGUUUAUUCCAUUACAAGUAAUGCAGAUACAGAAGUAUAUACAAGACAUAACUAGUGCUGAUGUUGAAAGAGGACCAGCAGGAGUCAGGGCCCAAGCUAUGGCAAAGGAUGGGACAUUAAUAGAGGAUUUUGUUUUUGAUUCUAAACCUGGCUUUGGUGCAAUUGGAAGCAGAGUACUGCACUGUAGAAAUGCUCCAUCACCAGGAGCCACAUCAUCCUUAGCAAUUGCAAAAAUGAUAGCAGACAAGAUGAAGGAUGAAUUUAAACUA